AUGCGACCCCGGGCGCAAUCAUAUCGGACACUCGAUGGACUCCAAGCAGCACGCGACAGCGUGCCAUGGUAUUGGCGAUUGGUGGCCGUCAGCGCGACGGUGAUGCAGCUGGGAGGAUACAUGAUUCUCCCUGCGGUCUCAGAGACCAAUCCCUCGGCAAAGAUAUCAACGGCUGGACUAGGAAUUUUUGGAAUCGCCUUACUGACGGCCGGCUUCUCUUUGACUGCAUUGUUAUGUUUUGCUGUACGGAAUCCUCUUUUCCAGGUCGAUGCGGUUUUCGUUCCCUCGCUCAUCGCCAGCUUUCUCGGUCUCGUGACGGUCUUAUUUGAUUUCAUGGUCUUUGAUCGAUAUACUUGGGGCACACCAUCACUGCUAUUAACGAUCGCUGGAGCCGUGACAGGCCUCACAUACGGUAGCUUUUUAAUCUUGGCUUUGCGACGAAUUCGCAGUAUCAAGAAGGGUGCCAAAGUCGAAAAUGGCCGCUGGCAAGAGCCCUCAUACUACGACAACUACGUCAGGAACAUGUUCCCGACCUCGAUCAACCCACCGGGUGGCCGAUCUGGAAACAACAACAAUCGCAGCGGUGCCAGCCACAAUCCCAACGUCAAUACCGCCUACGACCCCAACUCCAUCACUGAAGAGGAAAUGCAACGCCAACAAAUGCUCAUGUUGCUUCUCCAACGCGACCAACCCGCACGUACCUCAAACAGCGAACGUACCUUUCACAUCGACUGGCAACAGGGUCGCGACGAAGAUGACGGCAGCGGCAACAACACAGCAAGCAGUACGCUCGCCACCGGCCCACCGCCUUCACGAGGCUACUACGCGCCUCCACAGCCGCAUCACGGAGCUUCACAAUCCGUCUCCUCGAUCAACACAACAUACGCGCCACAUAGUACUUCGUCCACGAUGCAGCAGCCGCCACCUUUAAUACGGAGGAUCACGAGCGAUUUACAACCUUGGGAUGGUGUAUGGCGAACGGCGGCGCCUGCUGCUGCGCCAAUUUGGGAGCGGCAUGGACGAGAGGCCAGGAGGGCGGAGAUCGAGCGAGGCCGCUGA